GCUCUAGUUUCUUGCAUGGCGAGGCCAACCUGACUAAUCAUCCGAGGUGUCAAGCCGGUACCUGUCCGAUGUCUUCUCCUCCCACAGUGUGAUGCGUCAUGGCUCCGGUGCUGAGUGGAGUGUGGUGGGGGCCGGAGGCGGGUGUCGUCGGGUCGGGGGCAGCAGCUGCUACCGGGGUCGCGUCGUGGCUGGGGAGUGAGCAGCUGGUCCUGGUCGUCACCCUCAGCACCCUCACUGCCCUGCUGCUGGUCUCUGUGCUGUUGCUGCUGUGUGCUAGCUGCCAGGGGCAGAAGAAAGCAGCCAAUGGACAUCCAGCUGGAGACCAUGACAACCUGAUGAAUGGAGUGUCAGAGAGAGAGACGAUCAGCCAAUCAGUAGACAGUCCAGCAACUGAUAUGGCUGUCAGCACCUCGCACAAUGGUCCUUUAACCAGCGGUACAAUCCUCACAGACACACAGGACACCAGUCCCCAUCCGUCAGAGGAGCUGCUUUCCAGCCAAUCAGAGCUCAGGUCCUCCAAGUGUCCUCAGGACCGCGAGCUUCCCAGCAUCCCUCCCAACAAUGCCCUUAUCGGGGACGGACCCCCAGCCUCAGGGGACAGCACCUAUGAGGUGGUGAAGGAGAUCGCAGUGGCGUCACGUGACGUCAGCGUUGAAGACUCCCUGUACGAGACGGUCAAGGAGCUCAAAGACCCCCCCGCGCAGCUUGGCCUCCCUAACGGUACCAUCCAGCUGAGCCCCGACGAACCACCCCAUCAUCCCCCUGCCCUCCUCAACGGCCACCUCAGCCCCUGCACACCUGAGCGAGGGCCCCUGUGCGCAGGGGUGGAGUACGCCUCUGUUGACCUGAAUAAGAAGAGCCGUCACAGUGCCGACAUGGAGGCCAAAAGGCGCUCUGAUAAUGCCGCCAUGCCUUCUCACAAGCCUCUGGAGGAACCAGAGGAGGACUUACCUCCCCCAGUACCAGAGAAAGUUCUGGAUGAAAACGACAACCAGCCGGUGGUGAUGAAUGGGCUGGCGGGGGCUGGGCUGCACAAUGGAGAGUUACACUCCCCUCUGUCUCCUGCACCAAGGUUCGAAAACCACAUUCUAUCAGACAAUGAGUCAGCCGUGUACUCUACAGUCAACAAAACAAACUGUGACGAUGCUGUGAACGAGGAAGACAAAGAGCACGACUACAGCAGCAUCGCAGAGAUCAAAGGCCUGGUCCCGGCCUCUUCCUCCAGUGACCUCUACGCCACUGUCCGAGAUAUCUACGCCCAGCCAGACGAGCCCCAGAUGGAGGAAGACCCAAACUUGGACAGCACAGAUCCCGGCUACGAAACCAUCCGCAUCCCAAAGACUAGUAGCUCGGGUGAAGACCACAGGGCUGGGCUGGGAGCAGAGGGGUCAGACACUGCCAAAGCAGAGCCUGACUAUGAGAGCGUCGGAGAGCUGGGUCUGAGCCGGGAAACAUCCCGCCUCUGAGUUUUUCUCCCGUCAUCAUCUUCAUUUGUGGCGGUCUUGGUAGAAGCUUCCUAUCUGAGUUCCUGCAGUGCUUUGAACCUGCUACCAAGCAUGCUUUUGGUGCAUGACUUGGGGAAAACAGCAGAAAACGGCUCACCACACCGCAUCCAUCAUCAAUGCAUGAGUGUCCUUUUUACAGCUUGGGUACGUUUCAUCAUAUCUGAACUUUUAAUUUAUCACCCAGGGUCAAUGUCAUCGGUACUGUUAGUCCUACAAGUAAAUGAACUGUAGUACCUCAGUCACUUGGCAUUAAUCAUGUGGAAGAUUGCACUUUGGAUCAUCAUUAAAUUCCUCUUUUUCAUCUCUGCUGACAAUGCAUAUCAUGAACACUUGAUUGUGAAAACAGUAUAGAAUAAAUAUCGAAUAUUUUAUCACAAACAUACGCAGCAUUUCAAGGGUUAGCUGAGGACACAAUCUGUGCCUGUGAUACAAAAAAAAUACCAAGAAUUCAGUGCCAUAUACUCAUGAAAUCCAUGCACUUACUGUACAUACUAUGAAGGUUAGAUUAUUUGUAUGCCCCAUCUGCAGCUGCUAGUGAGUUUCUAGCUUCUUCCAGGUAACUCAGUGUCAUGUUUUAUUGAGAUGUCAUGGUGUAGAUCUAGGCUGUUCCUUGUCAGGUUGGCAACGCCUCCACUGUGCGUUCUCUGUUUGAAAUUCCUGUGAAUGGGAUCUUGGCAUAGAAAGCAAAAGCCAGUCUUAUCUGUGACCAAAUAGUUAGUCAAGACAAACAUUGCAUUUGAUAGAUGAUAGAUGGCAUCGAAUAUAAAUGAUGACUCUUGGCCUGCUGCAUACAUGUCCUUAUGUUGAGACUGAUCACUGCAAAGGUGUGGGUUCAACGUGUUACAGGUCAGGAGAUAUGAAAGCAGUCAUCUUUGGAACCAAAAUGGAAAUAAGAGCUUAGAGAAACUGGUCAAGCUUGCAGUUUCACACAGUUUAAUGGAUUUUUUUUUUUUUUUUUUGACGUUUUACAGUCCAUGUCAACAUUUUUUUGUGAAAUUCAUAUUUAUUUGAAGAUGCAUAUUGUUGUGUAAUUGUGAAAUGUUACAAAGUAUGUCUGUGAGAGAAAAGUAAAAUAGGGUUUUAUAGAAGUUUCUAGCAUUUUUAUCAAAAAUGAAAGUGAGUUGUGAGAUAAUGACAGUUGUAAAGGUACGCUUUCCCCUGACUUUUUUUUUUGAGAAUUCAUUGUUUAAAAAAAAUACAUAUGACAAGACCAUAUUUUCUUUUUUUUUGUUAUUUUACAAAGGGGUCAAAACCAAUUCAAAAGACUUGUAAUGUGAUAAAGUGACACACAAACUUGUAUUAUGAAUGCAAAUGUUAUAGAUCAAAUGUAUUUUUUUGGUUGUCAUGCUUUUUGAGCCUACUCUUGGUACAGUAUACAGUCUUCAGUUGGCAUUCUGGAUUAUUUUAAAGCACAAUAUAAUGGUACUGCAUUUAUAUACAGCUUAUCAAAAGCAUCAUUACAAAUCAGUUACAAAUCUCUGCACAAUUUGAAUAUCUAAUGCUUUUUGACUUACUAGUAGCACUCUGAAGAAAAACAUAUCUGUCUGUUUGUAGCUUGUACUGACGACAUGCCAACCAAGGCUUGUAUAUAGUUAGAGCACUAUUUUAAACUGUUAUUCGCUGGAAGUUUUAUGUAAGCAUUUACUUAUUUGUACAAUGGUCAGAGUGAUAUUAUUUUAGGAUAAGUCUGUUAAGAGCACUGAUUAUACUGUAUGUCUGCCUUGUUUUAAGGAAAACUGAAACCCUGUUGUCCAAUGGCUUUUGCCUUGUAAUGUAAAAUUGUCAAAAUGCUUUUGAGUUCUGAGAAGUAGUAACCAAUCACAUGUCAGAAAUAUGGUACAAUGUUUUGGUACGUGCAUUUUAAGAAACAGUAAUUGUGGUACUUUUAUUUAAAAAAACAAACAAAACAUAAUUAUUCUCUAAAUACUGUUGUUUGAUGUUUAUUUUCAAAUUAACAGGGCCAAUGUUUUCUCGCUGUAAAUAUAUCUUUCACUGCUACAGUAUCUCCCCGCUUUUGCAGAACAAUUGGUGUCAUCUGCUUCCACCCACAUCAACAUAUUCCAGCAUUAGAGUAUCUCCAGCCUUAGUUCAUGUUUCAUUAGACAUGCAGGAGCUUGUUGGUGGUUCAGACAAACAGAGGCAGCCCUUGCUGGCUGGUAUUAGAUUCAUAAAUGAUAUCAGUCAUUUGAAAUGCUGUUAUAUCUCUCGGCAACGCUACUGUGAAAGAGGUUUUUAAAUGCAAUCCGCUCCUAGUAUUUUUUGAAUGAAGAUGUGGAAGUGAAGCCCUCAAAAAAAUUAUGUUAAUUUCUGCAAAGAGGUAAUUAUCAGUGUUAUUUACACUCCCACAUGACCCUUUGAGUACAUUGUUCCUACCGAGAGACAUGGUUGUGUAUCAGGGUGGUGCCAUCAUUUAGAUAAAAUGGUGUUCACAGAACGCUAUAAAUGUCCUCUAAGGAAAUGAUCUGCCAAAAGGGGAUGCUUUAGUGCCAAAUCUAAUCAGGGCAACACACACACAUUGUUAAUAGAUACUUACCUAAAAUCACAUUCUCUCUUGCUGUCUUGGUCAUAUAAACAUGCCCAUUUCCCUUCAGGGAAUAGGGGUGUUGCGGGGGUUCAGAGAUGCUCCUUCACUGCCUCUCCUUCAGCUCCACUACUCCUAUAAUGAGACCAUUUGCCCCCCCCGCCCCCCCUACAAACCAGCAGACAACUCUAUGGUGACACCCGCUUUUGAUCACAGGGCAAAGCCUGUUUUGGCAGUUAUGGCCACAUCUGUUACUCCACUCUGUCCGGUUUCCAUUCUCUGCAUGUAAAUAUUUUAUGACAUGAAUUGUUCUAUUAAAAAAUAUAUAUAAUAAA